AUGUGGUGCAUCAACUGCGCGUCCGAUAAGACUCCUGCCAUCCUCCACAACAAGCUCGUGUACUGUGUGGAGGGUGAUCCUCAGUGUGGGGAUACGGGCAGUUUCUCAGACAGCUCCUGCAGUCAGGGCCCGUACCUGGGAGCUUCUGAGCGCUACGGAAAGCCCAGUGGAGCUUCUGCGGGCCCUCAAGGGCCUCCUGUGGCCCCCCCAAGCCCAGCCAGCCUGGCCUGGGCCCAGCGCACUCGCCUCCAACCCGCCAGCCUGGCUCUGCGCAAGCAGGAAGAGGAGGAGAACAAGCGCUGCAAAGCGCUCUCAGACAGCUAUGAGCUCUCCACAGACCUGCAGGACAAGAAGGUGGAGAUGCUGGAGAGGAAAUAUGGCGGUUCCCUCCUGAGCAGACGUGCAGCGCGCACCAUCCAGACGGCAUUCCGGCAGUACCGCAUGAAUAAGAACUUCCAGCGGCUGCGCAGUUCCGCCUCGGAGAGCCGCAUGACUCGUCGCAUCAUCCUCUCGAAUAUGCGCAUGCAGUACUCGUUCGACGAGCGUCAGCCACAGGUGCAGUCUCAGACCCCCCAACAACAACAGCAGCAGCAGCAGCAGCGCUAUACCUCUCACCACUCCUCUGCCCUGGGCAUGGCCAGCCAGCUGGGCACUACCGACACUGAGCAAGACGCUGGGUCACCCUCACACUGCCCAUCUGACCGCGAGGAGUACUCCCACGCAGAUGAUGCCUUCACCAAACAAGUCACAUCCCUCGCAGACUCCAUGGAUGAUACCCUGACUUGCCGGUCAGGCCGAGGCGACUCUCAGGAAGGCAGUGGUGACGGUGCGGGUGAGGCAGAGGACUUCAGUGAGUGUGUGUGGAGCAGCAAGCCCCAGUCCCGUCGUGGCGGGGGUAUGGGCGAGUCUGAGCGAGGUGGACCCACCAUGCUGGGGGGCAUGCAUGAGGACAGCACGGCCACAUCCUACAGUGAUGUGACGCUCUACAUGGAUGACGGCGUGCCUUCGUCGCCUCUGUCCAUCGAGCGUGCACCCAGCAGCACAGACACGGAGUACUGGGGAGUUGGAGGGGGCGCAGGGGGCCGCGAGGACAGCCGGGACACGGAGGGUGGUGGCAGCAACAAUAGCCGGCGCAGCACGCCCUGCACUGAGUGCCGUGACUAUCGCCUGCGCGGGCCACACCUGCCUGUGCUGACCAUUGAGCCACCCAGCGACAGCUCAGUGGACAUGAGUGACCGCUCAGAUAGAGGCUCGCUCAGCAGGCAGCUGAUGUAUGAGCAGGAUUCAGGUUCGCCACAAGGAACACUCAAACACAACCCGCCCCCCCACUUGCACCACCACCCAGGACCCCACUACCCAGACCCAGGCUCACCCUCGCCCACCCAGCCACCCCCACUUACCCCACUCUCCUCUGCCUCGUCCGCGCCCCUGCCCUCUACAGGCAUGGAGCAGUCAGACGGUGACAAUGACUCACUAAACUCCACCACCAACUCCAAUGAAACUAUCAACUGCAGCUCGGGGUCCUCAUCCCGGGACAGCUUGAGGGAGCCGCUGCCCACACUGGGCAAGCAGACCUACCAGCGGGAGAGCCGCCACAGCUGGGACUCACCCGCCUUUAACAACGAUGUGGUGCAAAGAAGGCAGUACCGCAUCGGCCUUAACCUCUUCAACAAGAAGCCAGAGAAGGGCAUCCAGUACCUGAUAGAGAGGGGUUUUGUGUCUGACACCCCGGUGGGCAUCGCGCGCUUUAUCCUGGAGAGGAAAGGCCUGAGCCGGCAGAUGAUCGGGGAGUUCCUGGGCAACCGGCAGAAGCAGUUCAAUAAAGACGUACUGGACUGUGUGCUGGAUGAGAUGGAUUUCUCCGGCAUGGAUCUGGACGAUGCUCUGCGUAAGUUCCAGGCUCAGAUUAAGGUCCAAGGAGAGGCGCAGAAAGUGGAGAGGCUUGUGGAGGCCUUCAGUCAGAGGUACUGUGUGUGUAAUCCUGCGCUGGUACGGCAGUUCCAGAACCCUGACACCAUCUUCAUCCUGGCCUUCGCUAUCAUCCUCCUCAACACAGACAUGUACAGCCCUAACGUCAAACCUGAGAGGAAGAUGAAGCUCGAUGACUUCAUCAAGAACUUAAGAGGAGUAGACAAUGGGCAGGAUAUUCCAAGGGACCUGUUGGUAGGAAUCUACCAGCGCAUACAGAAGUGGGAGCUGAGGACCAACGAUGAUCACGUAUCUCAAGUGCAGGCUGUGGAGAGAGUGAUAGUGGGCAAAAAACCUGUGCUCUCCCUGCCCCACCGCAGGCUGGUCUGUUGUUGCCAGCUGUACGAGGUUCCUGACCCUAACCGGCCCCAGCGGAGUGGGGUUCAUCAGAGAGAGGUGUUCCUCUUUAAUGACCUGCUGGUGGUCACGAAGAUCUUCCAGAAGAAGAAGACGUCAGUGACGUACAGUUUCAGACAGUCCUUUCCCCUGGUGGAGAUGCAGGUUCACAUGUUCCAAAACUCCUAUUACCCUCAUGGUAUCCGGUUAACCUCAGCAAUCCCUGGAGGCGAGCGUAAGGUCCUGAUCGUCUUCACAGCUCCAAGUCAGCAGGACCGUACACGCUUCGUCAGUGAUCUGAGAGAGAGCAUCGCUGAGGUGCAGGAGAUGGAGAAAUAUCGCGUGGAGUCGGAGCUGGAGAAGCAGAAAGGUGUGAUGCGUCCUGGUAUGAUAGGUGGAGAUGUUAGUGGUGGUGUAGAUGGUAUGAAGAGUGAGGCUGUUAAUGGAACUCUGAGCAGAACCAGCCUGGAUGACACGUACGCCACAGGGGAGGGGCUUAAACGGACAGCGCUCAGCUCAUCUCUCAGAGACCUCUCAGAGACAGGGAAGCGUGGUCGCAGAAACAGUGUCGGCUCUUUGGAUAGUACCAUCGAAGGCUCCAUCAUUAACAGCCCGCGGCCUCACCAGCGUCUGCCUAUGGGGGGCGCCCUUCCUGGCUGCUACGGGUUGGAAGACUACCGGCCUCACCGCCCCAUCCUGAGCCCCGGUGUAGGGGUGGGGGGUGGGCCGGGGCAGUACCACAACGCGUCGGGGAGCGUGGGGGUUGGGGCGGGGCAGCUCCCUGGCAGCGGCGGUGGGGGAACGGGGAGCGGCUCUGGAGGGAGCAGCUCCGGUUCCUUCCUGGGCUCCUUGUUUGGCAGCAAGCGAGCCAAGCAGCCUCCCGCACCCCUCAUCCCCCCAGGGCCACACUACCCAGCCCCCGUGCCCCCGCCCACCACUGGGGGUCCACCACCACCCUCCCCGUCCGCCCUCAGCCAGUCGGAUGGAGGGCCAUCCAAGAUCCAGGCACUGCACGCCCAGUAUUGCCACAACAACACUGGGCACAGCGUUGGUCAGCCUCCUCCUCCGUACCACCACCACCACCACCGCUACCAAAUGCAGCCUUUAGCCGUCGCCCACCCGCCCCCCGUGCAUCAUCACACCCUUCAUCGUGGCUCCCUGCCCCGCCGCGGCCUGCCCGCUCCCUCACACGCCCAGCUCUCCCAGCAACUGUCCCACGGCCGCCAUUCGAGCAUGGGCUCUACCCCUCCACCUCUGUCCCCUCACUCGCCCCACUCUCCCGUGGCCCCAUGCUUCAGCUUCUACCACCCCCAUCCCAACCCAAUUCGCGUUCCCGGUCCUACCGGCAAGCUUCCACUCACUCUGUCCCACUCACAGCCUCACCCGCAUCCUCACGGCCACUCCCACGUUCAGUCUCAUACCCACAGCCAUCCCAUACACGCCCACCCGCUGCUGCACCACCCAGCCCACCACCAACAGCCCCACCACUUCAUCUUCGCCCCGCCCCCUCAGGCACCUUCAGCCAUCACAGCCCGCCACAUCCCACAGGUCACCGCCCACUACGGCCCCCCGCACUACCCGCCCCUGUCCUCCAUCCCGCCGCCGCCGCCGCACUCGCCUUUACCCCCGCCUACCUCCCCCCUCACCCCUCUUACACCGCUCACGCCGCUCUCGCCGCUGCUGCCUCCACCCCCACACCCAGCCCCAGGACCCCCGCAGGUGGGCGGCCAGGGGCCCGGGACGGUAGGAGGAGGGGGAGGAGGCGCAGGGGGCGGGGCCAACACCAGCACGGUCGGCAGCUCCAAAUCCAAGCCCGUCAACCGCAUCAGCACAGUGGUGUAA